CUCAAAUUUCAGCAGAAGGCUGAGAAGGGAAGGUGUAGAGCCAGAGAGACGCCUGUCUUCUGAAAGUGACGCCUUCUUUCCAAGUUCUUGCUGUUGCAGACUGUCUAAAGUACUGAUCUCCAAGCUUGUAUUGAUUGGCGCAAGCAGCGGGCAAUAUUAUCCGUUCUGUGAGCCCGCUGCCGGUGGGUGCACGCAAGCGUCAUCCAUGGCAUUCAUCCUGGAGUAUUCGGAGCACAUGAUACGGCGCUGGAUGGAAGACCCAAAGGAAAGGGAUGAGAAGUCAAGGCAGCACCUGUACGAAAUGAGAGAUAGAUGUGAAAAGCUAAAAGCUACAUGGGCCCAGCCUGUGAAGCCCUAUGGAUUCUGGACAACGGAAGCGCAUCAUCAAAAGUACUAUGCGGACUUGAAAGAGAGCGGGAUGCUGGGUAGAAGAGACGGGUACGAAGCUGUGGAGAAGAGCCUUAGAUGAGUUGACCAAUUGUGGAUUCAACAUUGUAAAUUGAACACAGCAUCAUUCAUUUAUCUUUGUGCGGAUUCCCCUUUCAGAUUGCAUGACCUGAAGCUCAAAGAUGCAUCGCCUAAGUUCUCCAAAGACAAAGAAAGAGGCGAAAGUUGUGGAGUACGGACAGGAAUGGUUUCUUCAGAUCAGAUUCGACUUGACAGAAGUACCGUGGCAGUUUGCACCAGAGCGUCAUUUUCAUCUGUUGCUAGGAUUAUGAGCAGUCGGUCAUUCGCACAAUCUGAUCAGCAUGAGACCUGCUGUCGCCUUAGACAACCGUUGUUUUGCGGAAGAGUACAAGAUUCGCCGAGCAGAGUC